UUAAGGCGGGCUCAGCUACUCUCUCACUCUCACUCACACCCUCAAUUCGCCAAUUCUCCAACUCUCUCUCAACGCUAUCCCUUUAGCAGACUAAACGACAUGGCAGCAACAACAGGCCUCAUCUCCUCCACCUUCCUCUCCGGCGAGACAUCGUCGUUUCCCAACACAUCUUUCUCCUCCUCAUCCUCCUCUCUAAGGUUUCCCCACCCUAACUUCCCUGCUAACCUGCGCAUGGUGCGUAUCCCAACCCUCGCCACUGCCUCGAAGCCAGCCACCACCCCCCGCCAGCCCCGCGGCAUCAUGAAGCCUCGCAAAGUCUCGCCCGAGAUGCAAGCCCUUGUGGGCACCCCUGAGAUUUCUCGCACCCAAGCUCUGAAACUGAUUUGGGCUCACAUUAAGCAAAAUAAUCUUCAGGACCCUCAAAACAAGAGGAUUAUAGUUUGUGAUGAGAAGCUGAAGAAGAUUUUUGCAGGGAAGGACCAAGUUGGAUUUCUGGAGGUUGCUGGGUUGAUCACUCCUCAUUUCCUUUGAUGGAGCCCAACCUAUGUAGGAGAACAAAUUUGGAACUGCGGAUCAUUUAAGAAGCAAAUGUUUUUGAAUGUGGGGGUUGUGUUUUGGUACUGGUGAAAAAGCCAUGCUGCUGCAUUAUGCUUCUCUAAGUGUUUAGUUUUUGUAGUUAAGGAACAACUAGCUUUAGUUAGAGAUUUUGCUUUUGGAUUCCUUGUUAUGUGGUGGUAGGCUUUCUAUAUGCAGUAUUACUGGUUACUGCUGGAUCUGCAUUGCUCAAGGGUUUUAAGCUUUGUGGAACUUUGGAUCCAAGAGUUUUUAAAUGGUGUUAUAUUUUAUCUGUCAAGUCA